UCUUCUGGGUAAGGAAGUUGGCCUCUUCAUAUUCACAAUAUGGAAAAUAUUCGCGCUUUAAGGUCGAGAAAACACGGCGGUCGCUUACCACUCCCCAGGGGAGCGCCGAGAUACCGCCUUCACAGCCAUUAUAUCUUCGACGGAGAUACUUCGCAAGAUUUGAAUACGCUGCGGAAGUUGGCGUUUUCGAAAUUUGGGCGUUGGUAUGCGCUGAUUUGGUGGUUUCUUAAUCGGCCUGCGCAUGAGAUUGUUUCGAUACUUCGUCGGUUUCCUGUUCUUGCUAAUUAUCACAUUAAAUUAACAAAUGCAUUUGCGAAGAGACAGCGCGUUCUGGCGGAGGCUACGGGGGAGUUUUUCGGAGUGAGGUAUAGCAAUUGCCCCAGGGGUACGGAAGUAGGAGAUUGUAUCUUCAUGAUAUCUGGUAUUUCCUUGCUACUUGUUCUUAGGGAGGUUGGGGAUGGCGGGGUAUAUCGAUUGAUAGGCUUUGCGGAGAUCAGGAGCGAAGAGUUGAUGCUCGGAAAGGUAUGGUGGAAGAUUGUUGAGGAUAAUUCUCUUCAUGAGGUAAUUAUCCGUUGAAUUAAUGGUCGAUGAGAAUAAAUUAUAAGGACUUUAAGCAAAUACACAAGCGUGAAUUCGCGGUGAACCUCACUUCAUUUUGAUGAAGACACCCGCCGAUGGUGGCCAUGGGUUUUGCUUUUAUAUACAUCUAGAAGUAUUUUCACGGGACGGCGCCAUUCCGAUGUGGCUUGUGAGGGGUCGUAGGUGAUUACUAAGGGGGCAGCAAAGUAAUUCGCACGGUCAGAGACGGUGAAAAUCAACCCAGG